UUCACCCAAAAUAUUCGUCAGUUCCAACGAUUCUUUGGACUCGAGAAAAUGUACCGGUCCACUAAAGGAGCAUCAAAGGCUCGGAGGGAUCAAAUCAACGCAGAAAUUCGCAACUUGAAAGAUCUUCUGCCCAUCUCCGAUGCCGACAAAGCUCGUCUUUCCUAUCUUCACAUCAUGUCCCUAGCCUGCAUUUACACAAGAAAGUCCGUCUUUUUCUCUCAAGUGGCAGCAGGACACGACAUGAGCGGAAGCGCUCUGUCUUUACCAGAACUCUCGGAUCUGCUGCACACACUACCAGGCUUUCUCCUAGUGCUGACGAGUGAAGGAAAACUUCUGUAUCUGUCGGACAAUGUCGCAGAGCACCUCGGCCAUUCCAUGGUGGAUCUGGUGGCUCAGAGUGACAGUGUGUAUGACAUUAUUGACCCAGCUGACCACUUCAUCAUGAGGGGCAACCUUGUGCCGAUCACCACUACUGACACAGACCGCCUCUUUCGCUGCCGUUUCAGCACUUCGAAGUUUGUGAGGAGGCAGGGAUCAGGAAACAAACUGGCGUUGGUUCGGGCGCGCUGUCUGCCACCUCUAUACCACACAUCCUCCUACUGGACCUCCAAUCCAGUGUGGCUGUGUUUUUGCUCUCCACUGAAGUCCAGUGUCCCUCAGGUUUCUUCAGCUCGGAAUCCUCUCCCCACCCCUCCUGCUGAGCAGUCUUUCCUCCUCUCCUGUUUCCAAUCUCAGCACAGCCGGGACAUGAGAAUCCAUGCUGCUCAGGACAGUGUAAGCGUGUACCUUGGUUAUGACAUCGAGACUCUGCGCUCUCGCUCAUGGUACAGUCUGAUUCAUCCUCGGGAUCUCUCUUACGCCUCUGCACAACACUGCGCCCUGUUACAUGAGGGUGGAGAGAGGCAAGUGGAGAUGGUGGUCCAGGUAGAGGCAGCAGACCACACAUGGGUCUGGCUUUACAUUGUUCUUCAGCUGGACACUGGAGAAUAUCCCAUCAACAGCCAUAACUAUAUCAUAAGUGAGUCUGAAGCCUGGUCAGUGCGUCAGCAGUUGUACUCAGAGCAGAACCAGCUGGCUCUCCUGUACCAGGAGGCACGGCAGAGCUCUGACCCUCUGUCCAGCCCAGACCAGGUCUUCACGCCCAGCAGCAGUGGCCUGUCCUCCCAGUCCUUCGACUUCAGCUUCACCACUUCUGGGCGGAGCUCCUCGGAAGAGCUCCCUAGUUCCUCUGCCCCAUCCAGCAUGGCACUCGACCCCCUUCAGGGCUUUUCUCAGGAUGAAGAGAGCCACCUGCUACCGCACGGCGGUCACCAAAUGUGGAGAUCAGCCAUGACUGUAUCUGUAUCCCCUGAACAUCUCAGCAACAUCAACAUCCCAAGUCUUUCUACAGUCCCCCAAUCCCAUGUUACUCCUUCACCCCUUCCUCCAUUCAAAGCUCCUCCUAAGCGCCAAAGCUCAGAGGAGUUUAUUUGCACGCCCCCUUACACCCCAAGACUCGGAGGGGGAACUUUCAUGUUUGGUGAUGAGACCUUUAAAUCAGACCAUAACAAAGUAGGUAAAAUGAGGCAGCCUAUAACCUCAGCGUCCCUCUCCACCAGCGUUGGUCCCACUCAACACUGCCGCAAACGUCUUUAUGAAACUCUGCCUCCUACUCCAGACAGCCCAGGCAGUGAUGAAUGCAUUCUCAUGGCCGUGCCAGAGAUCAGGGGACCUCUGUACGUAGACGUCCCCCAUUUCCCAUUCCACGCUCCCCCGGAAGGCCUUUUAACCCCAGAGGCCUCGCCCACCAAAAAACCCUGUUUGAGUUUCUUCCCUCAGCAAGAUGAUACCGAAAGAGAGAGAAUGGAAAUCUCGCUCCUGGCUCAGUACAUUAGCACUUUAGCUGAAGGUUUCUGUCACAGCCACCCACAAAGCACAUUGGCUCCCCCUCAUCACGAAUCGUUUGAGGGCCCAAACUCCUCGCUGGCUCACAUUGAUGUCUUAAUGUUUGAGGAGAAAGCAGUAGAUGGCAUCCCUCUUCCAAAUCUGCCAUCCACCUCCCCCGUACCUCCCUCACCUUACUCAUCAGCGCUGUCCUACGCUCAGCGCUCCCCUGUCCACGCACAGGAGGAGGCAGCGACUUUGAACGGUGUACACCACCUCUGUAGCGUCCAGUCGACGCACCGUAAUUGCAUGGCCGGGGGUGGGCCGCAGGAAGCAGAGAGACCCGAAGAGGACAUGGAGAUGAUGUCCUCCCCAGGGUCCACCACAGAUCCAGCCCUUCCUGCCCUCACCCCUGCUCUGCCUUGUGCCCAGUCCCUCCUAGAGGAGCUGGUCACCAUGGAACCUGUGUUUGGGGCAACCGCCCCGAUGACUCCUGCCGAGAGGCAACAAGAUGAGUUGUAUCAACUCCCUCAUCAAGGCGGACAACAGAUCUUCUACCAAGAUGGAACCAGUGAUCACAUGUUUUAACAUAAGUCUGUGACUUAAUCGAUGAAGUAUGGCAUAUUGUCAUCUUUUACAAAGCUAUUUUUCUGGGAUAAUGUGUUAAGAGUUAAAUCAAAGUGUGUUAAAAAGAUUUAUUUAUGUUUAUAUUUAAAUAUCAUGAAGUCCCAUGAACAUGCAUCCUAUUCAUAUUGGACUGUCACUUUGGGAAAAAAUACUUAAAGUAACAAAGGCAAUUUUACAAAGUGCCACCUUGUAUUCACUUAUAGUGAAGACUGUGUUUUACUGAAAGAAUCUGUUUAUGAAUCACAACUGUAUCUUUUAAACCAUCGUAGAGUUCUACGGUCAAGUAGAGGAUUGAUUCCUACAUACAGUACUCACUUUCUAAGUGCUUUUCAUUAUGUCAGUGCAUGAAAACCAUAGAAAUGCUUCAUAAUAAACAAUAUUCCUUUAUGUUUUUGUCCUUUAUGUGGUUUGUAGGAUUUCCAUAAGUUAUGUUAUAUAGGAUUUGCUGCUUGCACUCUUAAAAAUAAAGGUUCUUUAUUGGCAUUGGUGGUUCAGUGAAGAACCUUAAAUUGCACAAAGAGUUCUUUAGAGUGGGAAAAGGUUCUUCACACUAAGAAAAGGUUCUUUGUGGAACCCAAAAUGAUUCUUCUAUGGAGUUGCUGCAAAAGCUUCACUUUUAAGAAUGUAUUAGAUGUACCAUAUUUUCUUCUUUCCAAAAAGAAUAUCAUUGAAUUCAAUGCUCUCUUGUUUUCCAAAUAUGUAUAUGAGAGUCAAUUAAAUGCAUCAAAGCGAGGUUCAUCGGUGUGUGUUCAUUGUUGCUGCCCCCUCCAUUGUUUCAUCCUCUCUCACCCUUUCAUUCACUGCCUUUUUAGUGUGUCGCCAUGGUUUCCUAGGAGCGACUGACGCAGAUGAUGAGGUGCUAUCUGUUUUUCCUGACGUAUGCUCUUGACUCAGAGGCACAGUGGAGACAAUCAGCCUCCCACACACACACACACACAUAUGUCCACCGAAUACAGCAUGCUGUACAGUGAAUAGUCAGCCUACACUUUCCCAUUAUACCUGGAAGCUCACGAUAAUACCCUAUAUGGCCUUUCCUGCCUCUCAAUAUCUGCUUCCAUUUUUUCCUCUUGUUGCCAGGGGAAGCGAUUUCUUCCUUUCGCAAUCUCCACCUCCGUGCCCCUAAACCAUUGUUUUCUUGUCAAUUAUCCAGUUAUGAUCCUUUUCAUUGAGUCCGCCGUCCGGUGCUGCGCUGACCCUCCCACACAGGACCACGCGGGCUAACUUACCGCCUCGUGUCCAGAAAUAGCCUCCAUCCCAUGAGUUUCAUCUGAAUAAAAUUCUCUCAUGUCUUCCUGUCCUUGUGAGAAUGAUGCACUUUUAGCAAUUGAAGAGGAAUAAAAAUAGACCGGACUGAAAAGAGGAGGAAAAAGAGGGAAUGGGGAGCGCUUGGAAGGUGCACAAGGACUUGCUUAUUCAUCCUGCUUUCCUCCCACUCCUCCAAUCAGUCAGCUGGAUUUCUUUUCAUCCUCCCUCUUUCACACAUCUGUGCUUUCUCAUUCACAUUGUCCCAUUCAUUAGGACCCUCUCUCCUUAUGACUCACCCUUACCUCUUUAAAUCGCAUCUCCCUUCUCUGCUCUCUCGCUCUUAAUCCUCCUCCAGAUAUGUCCACACAAACAGCCCGUGCCCACUUAAAUCAUAAUGGAAAUGCAAAAAUUAAGAUGCUCUCAACUUGUUUUCUGGAUAGUAUGAUGAAAACAUCCACCUACAUUCUGUGUACUAUUAAAAGAUGAACAAAGCAUAAGCUUCUAAUGUCAUGGUGCGACAUCAAAAAGAACAAUUUUGUCAUCUAAUAAAUUAUAUUGGCAGAAAUUUAGCAGAGUAAACAAAACAAAAGCUUUAAAAUAAGAAUUAUUUUGGC